GCGGCACGUUAGCCCAUUCAACGCCGAGACUUAGGUUUCAUUUCUCAUUGCAUGGCAGGCUUUCUUACCUUUCAGAAUUUUGUCUCGAAGUACUUUAAUCCUCACGAUUACCCUGCGGUGAUAUGCAGUUCAAGAAACAGUUCAACUUCCUCAAGAAGAAAAGAGAUGCUGAAGAAGGUGAUGAUGGGGACCAAGAGACUCGAGACACACUGUCGCCGUCGACUACAGUCGAUGUAGCCUCUGUAUCCUCACGCGCUCCAUCAAUUGCACCUACCACUAGAUACAGGAAUACGAGCUCUUCCGAUAAUCAGCCCGAGAGUGCCUCGGAGGCUCAUAGUUUACCUCGUGGAGAAGAGAUAUCCUCCAAAGACCCCUUGGGGCUAACGGUAAUACAUCAUCCGCCAGGAGAGCGUAGCGUCGAUAUCAUCUUCGUCCAUGGCCUCGGAGGGAGUAGUAGGAUGACUUGGGCACACAAUCACAGCCUCGACUUCUUCUGGCCAUUGAAGUUUCUUCCCUUGGAACCCGAUAUUAAUGGGGCGCGUAUCCUGACCUUUGGGUAUAAUGGCAAAUUUCGGCCAGGAAGUGGCAAGAAUAAGAUGUCAAUUCUGGAUUUCGCAAAAGAUCUCUUAUACGACCUUAAAUACGCCCAAGACGAGUCAGCGCCUGGACCAGAGAAUCUAAGGAUGGGUGAACGACCCAUCAUAUUCCUAGUUCACUCCAUGGGCGGACUGAUUGUAAAAGAGGCAUAUAUGCAAGGCCAGUAUGAUCCGACCUAUGAAGCAAUCAUCAAGGCAGUCUCUGCCAUUGUAUUUCUUUCAACCCCGCAUCGCGGCACAAAUCUCGCCGAAACAUUGAACCGUAUUUUACAAGUGUCUUUUAUUGCCAAUCCAAUGCAGUUUAUCGCCGAACUUGCAGCCGGUUCACAGACCCUUCAGAAACUCAAUGAACAGUUCAGGCACGUCGCUCCGAAGCUCCAAAUCGUCUCAUUUUACGAGACUCGUCCAACGACCAUGUUCAAAAAGACUCAAAUAAUGGUCCUAGAAAAAGAUUCAUCCGUCCUUGGGUACCCAGGAGAAAUAUCAAAGGCGCUGGAUGCUGACCAUAAUGGAAUUUGCAAAUAUGAAAGCCCCUCCGAUCCGAAGUACAUUACAGUGAGGAAUGUCUUGAAGACUUUGAUUGGAAAAGAGAAAUCAAAAGAAUUCUCGACUACAACAAAUGUGGCAAAAUUGUCAAUUACUGAUUUCAGCGAAUAUCUUUCCGUUCCCGAGUCUCCUGAUGGGGAUUAUAACUUCUUCCAUGAUCGCUGGAUGCCUGGUACUUGCAGUUGGAUCAUUAGCCACGAGGCUUUCGCAGGAUGGGUUGAUGAUACGCAGCUCAAGCCUCGAGUCCUAUGGAUCAAUGGCAUGGCUGCUAGUGGCAAAUCAAUCCUCUCUUCCUUCAUUAUUGAUCAUCUCACUCAACGUGGUCUGCCUUGCCAGUAUUUCUUUAUACGAUUUAUUUCACCCGCAAAGCGAAUGUUAGCCAUGAUACUGCGAUCACUGGCUUAUCAAGUCGCCAAUUCCGUCCCCGAAUACGCUGGCGAGCUUCGCAAGCUCAUAGAGGCUGCUACAGACCUCAAGACGGCAGACUAUCGAAAACUCUGGCAAUCGCUUUUUGCGCAGUCUCUUUUACAACUACCUCUCGGCUCUCCGCUUUAUUGGAUCCUCGAUGGUCUUGAUGAAGCAGAACGGCCAGCUUCUAUCAUCAAGCUUCUGUCAGAGUUGCAUCUUACUACGAUUCCACUCCGAAUUUUAGUUGUGAGUCGUAAAACCCAUGAGAUUUCUUCGGCCUUUCAAAGGCUCGCUAAGCAAGUGCAUAUGGAAACUAUAUGCAUGGAAGGAAAUUUGAUGGACUUCCGAUCCUACAUUGAUCACGAGAUGGAUCUUGCUGGCGAUGCAUCAUACCGUGAGAAUGUUACUGCUCAGCUUCUCGAACGGGCAAAAGGCAACUUUCUCUGGGUGCAUCUAGCUGUGCAGAAGAUCAACCUUUGCCACACGAAGCCGGAUGUUGAGAAUGCUCUCAUGGAACUUCCCUCAGGAAUGGAGGCCUUGUAUAAUCGAAUGGCCAUUUCAGUCCAGUCACAACAAAGCACCAGCGAUCGGAGACUUGGCCAGAGUAUCCUGAAUUGGGCGACUUGUGCUCGGCGACUGUUGAGCAUCGAGGAACUCGGAGAUGCCCUAGGCAAUGAUGGUUUACUUGAGAUCCAUAGGACUGUCGGCGAUCUGUGCGGGGGAUUCGUCAUAGUAGAUCAUGAAGGCAAGGUAACGAUGGUUCAUGAGACGGCUCGAGAGUACCUCACAAAGAGAUCUGAGGAAGAGCGACCUUUAUUUAUUCAUCGCCAGUCUACCAACGAUGUGUUAUUCAAAAGAUGUAUAGCACGCCUCACAGAUAAAAGCCUGAGGAGCCAAAUCAACAGGAAUCGACCUCCAGCUCUCCUAGACUAUGCUGUUAGUGCAUGGUCAAGCCAUCUAAUCCUCGGUUCGAGUGUUAGCCCAGAAAUUCUGGAAGUGCUGAUGAGCUUCCUCAAAGGCCCACACAUACUGACCUGGAUAUAUGUGGCUGCCAGAGGAAAGAAUCUUGGGGUUUUGGUGGCUACCUCCCGGCACUUGACUCAAAUUGCACUCAAGCUGCGGAAGAUUGGCGAGGAUGAGUUUGUUGUACACCGAGAGGCGGCCGCCGUCAUCGAGGGCUGGGCGGCUGACCUCGUCAAAAUUACAGGAAAAUUUGGAAACAACCUGAAGAAACACCCUGAGUCUAUAUACAAGCUCAUCCCGCCAUUCUGCCCAGAAGAUUCCAUAAUAUACCAGCAGUUUGGUAAAAAGGAGAGUAGAGCAAUCCAUGUCUCUGGAGUUACUACCACUACCUGGGAUGACUGUCUGGCGCGGUUUACGCUGAGUGAAGGGGUCAUGGCAUCUUCAGUCGUCGCUGCCGGCAGCCGCAUCUUUGUCCUCACAAUGAUUAGAAAGACGAGCCAAGUGAUCAUCUACAACGCGGCAACAUUUGAAGAGCAGCGUAGGAUUACGCACCCUGAACGUGUCUUAAGCAUACAAGCCAACAAGUUAGGCAACCUCCUAGUCAGCUACGGCUAUGCGACAACAAAAGUGUGGGACGUAGCCAGCGGAAAUUGCGUCAAGACAGUGAAAAAUCCGCCAAAGCAUCCACGUCCGCACACUAUCCUCGUCUCUGAGAAACCGAGCAAGAUACUCGUGUGUGGUGAAGACAGAUGUACCAGAAGCGUGUCUCUCGAAGAAGACGCUGGGGAAGCGUGGAGAAUCCAUUCCCAAAUCGAAGAACAGAGCCUGGACGACACCGCAGUCAGUUUCCCGACAUGCUCUGCUCUGAGCCCGGACGGCAAUAUGAUUGCAUUUGGUUACCGACGCCACCCAGUUACAGCCUGGGAACUCGAGCCGGCAAUGCUAGUCGGCCAGUGCAAUUUGCCGCUGAAUGAAACAGAUAUGACGAUUGAAGACAACACUUGGGGGGAGGUCUUCAAGCUCGUGUGGCAUCCGUUCAGCGGCGAAGUGUUUGGACUAACGCAGGUUGGGCUAUUGUUCCGCUGGAACCCUUACGAAGAGGAGACCAACGCAUCCAUUCAGGCUGGUGCACACUCUUUGACCGUUAGCACUGACGGCUCUCUCAUCGCUACCGGCGAUGCAGUCGGAACAAUUACGAUAUACGCAACCGCGGACUUUACUGUACUGUAUCAGCUGGUAUCACAGGACCCCGUAUUUUAUCUCUCGUUCAGUGUUGACUCCAGGCGGCUCUACGAUAUACGUGGCUCGUAUGGCAAUGUGUGGGAGCCGAACUCUUUGGUUCGUCUAGCGGACGCCUCGGACCACAACAGCGACUCUUGCAGUGAAACCGAGAGCUUCGCGAGAGCCUCUCUUCUCACAGAGCAUCACGCAGCCCGGAUUGACAAUGUUAUUACUCUUUCUGGGCAGUCAGUAGGUCCGCUGUACUGCUAUGGCACAGAAGAUGGAGUAGCAGUUCUUUGCGAAUCUGGUCGUGGGAGGAUUUGUGAGCUGGAAAGACUGGAGAGUUACAUGUCCAUUGAGCAUGUAACAUGGAGCGAAGACGGGCGCCUUGUUGCCCUUGCAGAUCUUAGCGGCAAACUUGCAGUUAAGAAAGUUGUCAGAUCCAGUGAGAACGCUGCUGGCUGGCAGGUAACUUCUGAGUUCAGCCUCAUCAUCCCCUCGGAGCAGGGCCAUAUCAACCAAUUACUCUUCCAUCCUACUAGCCACGAACUUUUUGUGUCGACGCCAGGGAUAAUAUUUUCUGUCGAUCUCGGCUCAAAGGCCAUAGCUAGAUCAACGCCAAUGACAACCAUGUCUGAAGUGAAAUGGGCGUGGCAUCCGACCCUUGCUGACACCAUUCUUGGAUUUGGAACCUCCAGGGUGCAUAUUUUUAGCUGGACGAAACUUCAGGAGCUUGGGGUGCGCUCCUAUUUCCCGCCUAGAAUUGGAAGUUCUAUCAGCAUCACUCUUCCUCCGCUUUCUGAUAGUCAUGCAGGAGGUCUCCAGAAAGAUAUCGAGACAUUGGGAAGGCUGGUAUCCAACCUCGACUCAUCUCAGGUUCUCCUAGAAGUUUUGCCCCCGAGCGCAUCCGGGCAGACAAAAAGGGAGUACCUUCUAUUUGACUUGAACGAUUUGCAACUAGGAUCAUCCUACGAGGAAUUAGGCCAGAGUAAUGAAGUGCUCCCGUACACUCUGAUCCCGACAGAGAUAACAUCUUGCAUGCGUCAGCCGCUCGCUUUCCUUUCUCGCUCAAGGCUAGCAUUUCUUGAUGUCGACCGUUGGAUUUGUACCUGGCGAUUGCCAUCCUGGACAGGAAAACCUUCGGAGUCAAGCGUGAUGGCCGUUGAGCGGUACUAUUUCCUUCCUGGGGAUUGGGCUACCAGCGACGAGGCUCGCCUCUGUACAAUAACGCCCGAUGGGACAUUGCUUUGCCCUAGGAAUGGCGACAUAGCCGUCGUUCAAGCUGCAAAGCUUCGGAGGUAGCAUUAAAACGUACAUUAUUAGAAGACUUGGCGCAUCCCAAGUUUGAUCCUAAGUUUAAGAGAAGUAAGCUUGUAAGGCAGAUAGCUGAUUAAAAAGGCCAAGAUGAGAUAAAGCUAGCCAGCCGUGUUAUAGGUUAUAAUAACUACCUUACCCUUAAAGCAUUAAUAAUAGUCCAAAUUAAAGACGUCAUGGUAAAGGCAUAAAUAUUUACUAUAACGGAAAGAGACAGGGAGACGGGAG